AUGGCUUCGUCUUCGCAUCCCUCCAUACUACAACUACAGACACUGGCCGCCAAUGGCUCCAAGCCGACCAAAAUAACUCCCAAGGCCAAUAGGAGCGACGACAGCAUCAACACCUUGUCAUCGAGCGCUUCUGCUUCACCCAAAUCCUCCCUUGACAUUGUUCGCUGCUCUCGGUGUCAACGGUCCUUGAGCAUUGAUACUUCGCUUCCUGCUCAGAGCAGUGGCGCGGUCAGAUUCGGCAUGAAUUCAUACUACUGCCAAAGAUGUGCCAACGUGGUUGGCUUUGUCAAAUGA